CCUGGUCCUGUUUUUAUGAUCCUUAAUCUGAGUGGUCAGACGUACAUCGGUCCCGUGCUCAUCUCUGUCAAUCCCUUCAAGCAGAUGCCGUAUUUUGGAGAAAAAGAAAUCGAGAUGUAUCAAGGAGCUGCUCAGUAUGAGAACCCUCCUCACAUCUACGCUCUGGCUGACAACAUGUACAGAAACAUGAUGAUCGACCGCGAGAACCAGUGCGUCAUCAUCAGUGGCGAGAGCGGAGCAGGGAAGACGGUGGCGGCCAAAUAUAUUAUGGGCUACAUCUCCAGAGUGUCGGGGGGUGGAGCCAGAGUUCAGCACGUCAAAGACAUCAUCCUUCAGUCCAACCCUCUGCUCGAGGCCUUUGGCAACGCUAAGACUGUGAGGAACAACAACUCCAGCAGAUUUGGGAAAUACUUUGAGAUCCAGUUCAGCUCCGGUGGUGAACCAGACGGAGGGAAGAUCUCCAACUUCCUGCUGGAGAAGUCCCGCGUCGUCAUGAGGAAUCCUGGGGAGAGGAGUUUCCAUAUUUUUUAUCAGCUGAUAGAAGGAGCCAGUGCUGAACAGAAGAACACUCUUGGAAUCACAAGCCUGGAUUAUUACACUUACCUCAAUCAGUCUGGCUCUUACAAAGUGGACGACAUCAACGAUAAGAGUGACUUCCAGGAGACAGUGCAUGCCAUGGGUGUGAUUGGCAUCUCGGCCGAGGACCGGGCCAUGGUUCUGCAGAUCGUCGCCGGAGUCCUGCACCUGGGGAAUAUCACUUUCAGGGAAUCGGGCAACUACGCUGCAGUGGAGAGUGAAGAGUUCCUCGCCUUCCCUGCGUUUCUGCUCGGAAUCGACCAGAACCGUCUGAAGGAGAAGCUGACGAGCAGGAAGAUGGACAGCAAGUGGGGAAACGCGCUGGAGUCCAUCGACGUGACUCUGAACGUGGAGCAGGCGUGUUACACGCGUGACGCUCUCUCCAAAGCCCUGCAUUCACGUGUGUUUGACUUCCUGGUCGAGUCCAUCAACAAAGCCGUGGUGAAAGAUCAUCAGGAGUUAAAUAUCGGCGUGUUGGACAUUUAUGGAUUUGAGAUUUUCCAGAAAAAUGGAUUCGAACAGUUCUGCAUCAACUUUGUGAAUGAGAAGCUGCAGCAGAUUUUCAUCGAGCUGACGCUGAAGGCAGAGCAGGAGGAGUACGUGCAGGAGGGCAUCAAGUGGAGUCCCAUCGAGUACUUCAAUAACAAGAUCGUCUGCGAUCUCAUCGAGAGCAAAAAUCCUCCGGGCGUCAUGUGCGUCCUGGACGACGUGUGCGCCACCAUGCACGCGGUGGGAGAAGGAGCCGAUCAGACCAUGUUACAGAAGCUCCGGGUCCAGAUCAACACGCACGAGCACUUCAACAGCUGGAACCAGGGAUUCAUCAUCCACCAUUACGCUGGGAAGGUUUCCUAUGAUGCUGAGGGUUUCUGUGAGAGGAACCGUGAUGUCCUCUUUACUGACCUCAUUGAGCUGAUGCAGAGCAGUGAAAUCGCUUUCAUCAGAGCACUGUUUCCUGAAAACCUCAACGCAGAGAAGAAAGGUCGACCCACGACUGCGGGCAGCAAAAUAAAGAAACAAGCCAACGACCUGGUGAGCACGCUGAUGAAAUGCACUCCUCACUACAUCCGCUGCAUCAAACCUAAUGAAACCAAGAAGCCCAGAGACUGGGAAGAGAGUCGAGUGAAACACCAGGUGGAAUAUCUGGGUCUGAAGGAGAACAUCAGGGUGAGGCGUGCUGGUUACGCCUACCGCAGAAUCUUCAAGAAGUUCCUCAACAGAUACGCCAUCCUCACUAAAGAGUCGUGGCCGACGUGGCGAGGAGACGAGAAACAAGGCGUUCUUCAUCUGCUGCGCUCCGUCAACAUGGACCAGGACCAGUUCCAGCUCGGUCGCACCAAGAUCUUCGUUAAAGCCCCGGAGUCGCUUUUUCUGUUGGAAGAAACGAGGGAGCGAAAGUUUGACGGCUACGCUCGGACCAUCCAGAAAGCCUGGAGGAAACAUGUGGCCCGAAAGAAGUACGUCCAGAUGAGAGAGGAAGCGUCCGAUCUGCUGCUGAAUCGUAAGGAGAGGAGGCGACACAGCCUGAACAGAAACUUUGUCGGAGAUUAUCUGGGCAUGGACGACCGGCCGGAGCUGCGUCAGUUCCUGGGCAAGAGAGAAAAGAUCGACUUUGCUGACAAAGUCACAAAAUACGACCGACGGUUCAAGGCAAUAAAGAGAGACCUGAUCCUGACGCCAAAGUCCGUCUACCUUAUUGGACGAGAAAAGGUGAAACAGGGACCAGAGAAAGGACAGGUGACGGAAGUGCUGAAGAGGCAGAUCGACGUGGAGAAGAUCUUAGCGCUGUCGCUCAGCACCAUGCAGGACGACUUCAUGAUUCUGCACGAGCAGGAGUACGACAGCCUGCUGGAGUGCGUCUUUAAGACGGAGUUCAUCAGUUUACUUGCUCGCAGGUUCGAGGAGAAAACUCAGAGGAAGCUGCCGCUCAAGUUUAGUAACACACUGGAGAUGAAGCUGAAGAAGGAGAACUGGGGCUUCUUGAGUGGCGGCGGAUCACGGCAGGUCGUGUUUGUCCAGGGUCAGGGAGACCAGCCCGUGCUGAAGCCCACCAGCAAAUCACUGCAGGUCAGCGUCGGCCCGGGGCUUCCCAAGAACACGCGUCCCACCAGGAAGACGUUCACUCAGGGUCGUUCCAACGGGUCCAGAACCCACCAGAACAUCCCCUCCCGGGCUGCACCGGGGCCUCCAGUUUCUCAUCAGAAUGGAGGUCUGAAAAACAUCAACCACGCAGCAAACCAGAGAAACUCACAGCAUCACAGUCAGAGACAUCCGUCCUCCAGCAACCACACGCGGCCUUUCCUGCCCAGCAACAUCAACCAGCUGAAGGAGCGAGGAGGCAGCCGCCAGCAGCCCGACCUCGAGUGCCUCAAAGUGCCGGAUCAGGGAGCCGCGGGUAAUGGAGACAGACGACCAGCUUCAAACGGAGGAAUAGCUCACAGACCCUCAGCCAGCAGACCUGCACCCGGAGGAGGACGACCCAAACCCGCACCCAAACCCAAACCCCAGGUGCCUCAGUGCAAGGCUCUGUACGCCUACGACGCUCAGGACACGGACGAGCUGAGCUUCAACGCAGAGGACGUCAUCGACAUCAUCAAAGAAGAUUCAUCGGGAUGGUGGUCGGGACGACUGCGUGGAAAACAAGGACUUUUCCCCAACAAUUACGUCACCAAGAUCUAAGAGCUGCAGGUUUACAGCACGAGGAGCGAGAGAGCGAUGAAGAGAUGAAGAGAUGAAGAUAAAGAGAGAGCUGCAUCACUGACGAUGGGACCAAGUUCACCGUCAGAGACGUUUUCCUGAGACUCGGUCCACGUCUGCCGUGUGAUAAAUGAAUGUAACAACACCACAGGACCAAAAGACCGUCAGGCCUGGACUGAGACGAGAAGUAGGACUGUUUGACCCAGGGGCCGGUUUUCCUCCACAGUCCCACAGAGUAGUGAACAAAUCUAUUUAUUGUAUUUAUAGCCUCCUGUGUUCUCCUUCCUGUCGUUUCUAUCUCGCUGAGCUCAAACUUUUUUGAAGAGCGCUGGAAUGAAGUAUGAAGUUUGCUUAAUCUGUGGGACCAGGCUGUGAUUUUCACACGUGACAGAACUGAAGAAACUGCCAUUUUACCAGCUCUAUUUAUUGCGGUGCCUAACUGUACUCCUCAGUCAAUCGCCACACUGUGAUUAUUUUGAAUGAUUUUAAGAACCAAAGAACCAAUAUAGAUGGAAACGGUCACGUGGUAAAGUGGUGAAUCACCUGUUUGUGUUGUUUAUUGCUUUUCUAUAUCACACACAGUAUACAGUACUUCAUACACAGAGUGUGCUGUGAGCUGAGCUGUCUGUGGUGUAUUAGCACUUUAUCGGUACAGGUACUAUACGUGGACACAGAACUCGUAUCAUGCCACAGCCGGGAAGUCGACUUAAUGAAGGACAAACUGCCAAGCCUGCAAUACUGAGGGGAGAGAAAUCUGUUGUUUACAUGAGACGAUUAAAAACAGGCAUUGAAGAUCUGAUUCUGUAUAUCUGUUCAUAUUUAGGAAUAUGCCUGUUGUUGGUUAGUUUUUAAAUUAAUUUUCUUUUUUUUUUUGUAUAUUCUCUGAAGGACUUUAGUAUUUUUUCUGCUUUUGAUUCUCACAGGGCUUUCACUGCAUUUCACUAAGAUAAUAAUAGUUUUCACAGGAAAGGGUGAAUGGAUUUUUAUUGUUGUUUUAGUGGAAACACUUCACAGAAUUUGUUUCACUGCUGUCGUCGCGUUACUUAAACAUUCCUUUGUUGUUUUUUUAAUCACCUCUAAAAAGCUGGAGUGAAAAGCUGGGACUUCUGUCAUCGAUCGUCUGCGUCAUAAAUAUAGUUUGGAUCUUGGAUGGUUGAAAACCUCCUUGUGCAAUAGAAAACAGCAGAUAAGUCUUUUAAUAAAGCACGUAAUAUUGUAUAUUGAACUGCUUAUUUGUUUUAUUAAAAACAUCAAAUAAACGACAA